UUGGAUGCCCAGCAUUCCUGCAGCUCUGCCAUGUACCAGUGUCAGCCAUGCUCUGACUUACGGCUUUGCUGAAAAAAGAAGGCUUUUCCCACAGCAUCAGCAACAAGUUAGUUUGGCUGGUGUAAUGCAACAGAAAACCUCUGAAGCUGGCAGGUCCCCAUGGCAGGACUCCAUAAGAAAUGGUAACUUAUAUAAGCCUUUUCGCUGCCCACAAUGCGGUGAAAACGCACGUUUCAGAAGCUUAGCCUCAUUGAGGGCACAUCUGGACUAUAUACACACCUAUGAUGAAAGGUAUUUUUGGGGGAAAUCAGGGGUAUUCUGCUCACUAAAAGAGGCUGAUCUGGAAAACUCAACAGAUCCUCUCAAUGAAAAGCAGAUGGAGUCGAUUGACGGUGAACUCCAUCAGAAAAGCUCAUCAUCAACUUAUUGUGACUUAAAAAAUGAGAGCAGAAAAGCCAGCAGCCCCAUACUGAUCCUGUCAGACAAGCCUUCCCCUCUUGUUAAAAGCUCCUUACCAGACAAUUCUACAAAAAAUCACUAUAUCAUUGGAUAUCCCAUGACAAGCACUAAGUUUCAGCUUGAUCCUCAAGAGAAAUCGGUGCUUAAUCAGCUUACAGAAAAUGUUGAUAAAAACAUAGAAAAGAAAAUUGAUAAUCUCAAUAAGGAACUUUGCCAAAAAACUUCUGAAUUGCUGGAGGUACGUGCAGCCUUUCUACAACUUUCCCAGAAGAAGCAAGAAGUGCAGCGCAGAGAAAGAGCGCUCAGCCGACAAGUAGAUGUGGCGGUGGAACUGAUUGCAAUUCUUCGUCAGCGACUCACAGAGUCCGAGCAGGAGCUCCAAAGGAAGGAGGAGGAAGUGGUUUCUAUUAAUCACUUUCUGGAAGCUGCUGCUGAAAAGGAGUUCCGAGGGAAAAGGAGGCUUCAACAAUUCAUUGAGAACCUGCUUCAGAGAGUGGAACUUGCAGAAAAACAAUUGGAAUUGUAUCAAAACCGACAGAUUAAAAAUAGUCAACAUGGUCCAGAGGAUGCCAUGGUUGUACAUUUUCAAGCUAACCGGAAAAGCAAGUGGCAAAGCCGAGGAAGUUUCCACCUUGUCAAUCACAUACACGAUGUGAAGCCUCAGUCUGCACAGAAAGGCCGCACUUAUAUCAAUCGCGUAGGCAUACAGCCAAUGAAAUUAUUGCACGAGUCAGGUGAUUCUCCAAGAGAUAUAUGGAAGCCACAGAAGAAAAAUGACCCAACCUCUUCUGGCCGAAAAGUUCACAGCAAGACCAAAAUAGGAAAAAAGACAGGCAUGUCUAAUAAUGUCUAUAAACAAUAUUAAAGGGGUUUUCCAAGAUUAUUUUUUUUUUAAUUAGCAGAGAGCAGGGAGCUGUGUAAAAUCAAUAAUAAUAAUAAAAAAAAAACACCUCUCCAGUCCUUGGCUUUCUGGUCCUCUCUGGGUCUUCAGAGGUGCUGUUAGUGGUCCAUGUGACUGCUGCGGCCAGUCACUUGGCUUAGCAAUCACGUGUGCAUGAACAGCAUGUGACCACGAAGGCCAGUGAUUGGCUGCAGCAGUCAUGUGAUCAAUUAAUGGCACUUGACUGCUGUAGGGCCCAAUAGGGGUUUAAGAUGCAGUAUGAGACAUUAAAAAAGUAAGAGUUUUCUCCUCUGUGCUUAAUAAAAAUAAAAAAAUCUUAGAAACCCUUUAAAUUAAAAAAAAAUGUUUACAUUUUGUAAAAAUUAUUUGUAAAAAAAAAAUGGGAAAAGUAUUUUAUGUUUUUAGGGGGCACUGAGUAAUUGUGUAUGAGAAAUAGCAGCAUAUCUCUGCUCUUCUAUUCCCAGUAUAUACUGGGUCUGGCUAUAAAUAUUGCUACUGUAUGUUCAUACUAUAUGCAUUGCUUAUGUUGGUGAUUUGCACAUAAACACUUAAUCACUGGAAAGUUUAUUUUUAGAUAUUAUUUUAGAUAUUGAUAUUUAAAUAUAUGUUGAGAUACGGAUACACAGAGGUCUUUUGUUUAUGGCAAAUGCAACUCCCUUCUUGUGUCAUGUCAUCCACUUGAAUAAUUUAUUUUCUAAUAUGUAAAGGAUGACCAUGCAAAUGUAUAAUAAAGGG